AUGUGCAAAAUCAUUUCUCGCAGAAUGCUGAAGAUCCGCGGAUCGACGGUGAAGCAGUGCAUUCGCUGUAAGGGCAACUCGGAAUCGGCGAAUCGCUUCUUCAAGCGCAUGAACCAGCAGUACAACCAGUCCAUCGAGCAAUCGAUCAACCCGGCGCUCGAAAACUAUUACAAGCGGCCAGACAUACUGCCCCAUUUGCUGCCCCCGGGAUCGAAAAAGAUCAACGACCCCGUCGACUUGUACAAUGCCAGAUUGGAGAGCGACUACUCAAAUCAAAGUAUCGCCUCUGUGAAGGCGAAAAUGGCGCAAGAGCCGAUCAACGAGCACUACAACAUGUCAAUGUGGGAGUUUCAAAAACGCCCCUGGAAAACGUACGGUCCUCGGAACACUGCUUACCACGAAACGCUCAUUAUUCAAGUAGAAUUCGCCUGGAAUAACAUCAGAUUUCGUUGUAUGGAUCCAAACUGGCAGAAAUACUAUGAAGGUCACGACGAGAACGAUCUCGGAGAUGUCAGAUGGCAAGAGCACUUCCCAGAAAAGACAAAUUCAUUUUUUACCAAACUCGGGCCUUAUGGCAGCCAGGUGCUUUAUUCGGACAUGCGCGUUCAAGGAUUCCAGGGCUCCGCAUCGCGAGUUGAAGCAAACGUAGAAUAUGUUGCUGGCAAGUUUGGCGACGAAAUCGUUAAUCGAGGGUGGGACCCUUACGCAAGGUUGGUUUUGGACUUUUGGGGAAAGAACAAGGGUUUGAGAAGUACUGUGAUAAAGGGUAUUCUAUCCUCGGGGGUGAGGAUAGUCUCUUUUACAGAAUCUACAGCAGAUGCUGAAAUUGUCAAGCCAAAAUAUAAACAAAAGUAUACUGCCGUUCAUCCUGACAACUCGGGCAUGUGGCAUAGAUUCUGGCGCAUGAAGGAUGCAGAAGCAGCUGGAAAAGACUUUGACGAACCUGAGGAAUAA